AGUAUUGAUAGAAGACAACUGGUUCAUUGCUCCAAUGGUUUCCAAUCGUAUGAGCAUAUGGGCAAAACCAACAGCUGUUGGAUCCUUCAACCCACACGUGACAGAGUUUCCAAGAAAACGAAAAGAAAAUGAUUUGGAUCUGUCCCAAGAAGCUCACAGCCAAACCGAAAAGCGGAGGAGAGAUAAAAUGAACAGCCUGAUCGAAGAACUGUCUGCAAUGAUCCCCCAGUGCAAGCCCAUGGCACGGAAGCUGGACAAACUGACCGUUUUAAGAAUGGCCGUGCAGCACCUGAAGUCUCUAAAAGGUAUGAGAAAUUCUUAUGCAGGAGAUAUUUAUCGACCUUCAUUUAUUCAGGAUAAUGAGCUCAGACACCUAGUCCUUAAGACUGCAGAAGGCUUCCUGUUUGUGGUUGGAUGUGAAAGAGGAAAAAUUCUCUUCGUUUCUAAGUCAGUCUCCAAAAUACUUAAUUAUGAUCAGGCUAGUUUGACUGGACAGAGCUUAUUUGACUUCUUACAUCCAAAAGAUGUUGCCAAAGUAAAGGAACAGCUGUCUUCUGACAUUUCACCAAGAGAGAAGUUAAUAGAUGUUAAAACGGGUUUGCAAGUUCACAGUAAUUUCCAUGGCGGAAGGACUCGAGUGUGCUCUGGCUCCAGACGGUCCUUUUUCUGUCGGAUGAAGAGUUGUAAAGUCUCUGUCAAAGAAGAGCAUGACUGCUCACCCGAUGCAACGAAGAAAGAUCAUAGGAAAUUCUGCACUGUCCACUGCACUGGUUACUUGAGGAGCUGGCCUACAAAUACUAUUGGAAUGGAAGAAGAAAGGAACAGUAAGGAAGACAGCAAUUUCACCUGCCUUGUUGCCAUUGGGAGAUUAUAUCCAAAUACUGUCCCACGGAACAGUGGAGAGGUUAAAGUGAAACCAACUGAAUUUAUAACCCGUUUUGCAAUGAAUGGAAAAUUUGUCUAUGUGGACCAAAGGGCAACAACAAUUUUAGGAUAUCUGCCUCAGGAACUUUUGGGAACUUCUUGUUAUGAAUAUUUUCAUCAAGAUGACCAUAAUAAAUUGACUAACAAGCACAAAGCAGUUCUACAGAGUAAAGAGAAAAUAUUUACAGAUUCAUACAAAUUCAGAGCAAAAGAUGGCUCUUUUGUAACUUUAAAAAGCCAAUGGUUUAGUUUCACAAAUCCUUGGACCAAAGAACUGGAAUAUAUUGUGUCUGUCAACACUUUAGUUUUGGGACACAGCGAGACUGGAGGAGCAUCGUCACUUCCUUACAGCUCUCAAUCAUUGGAAGAGUCCUGUGUCAGUGUGCCUGGACUGUGCACCGGCACAGUGCUUGGUGCUGGCAGUAUCGGCACAGAUAUUGCAAAUGAAGCUCUGGACUUACAAAGUAACCAGUUCAACAAUAUAAUGGAAGAGAAGAUCACCUUUAUGGUAGCAGCAAAACAGAUAAAAAGGUUACAGUCUUCUUCAUCCUUGGGUGAUUCAAGUCCAACAGAUUUAAUGAAAGAUACUCACACUAUAAACUGCAGGAAUAUGUCAAAUAAGGAGUUGAUUCCACUAAAUCUGUCUGAAAUAGGGGAGCUAGAAGCCACAAGGCAAAACCAUAGCACUGUUGCUCCCCACAGUCAUGAACCACUCCUAGGCGGUGGUGCCCAGCUGGAUUUUGAUACCCUGUGGGGCAAUGACGGCACAGCCAUAGCUGCCUUUAUGAAUUACUUAGAAGUACAGGGGGGCCUGGGAGAACCCGAGGACUUCAGCGACAUCCCCUGGACCCUUUAGCAUUUGACUUUUAACUCCAAAAAUGGGAAAUGUCUUACAGCAUUUCCUUUACAAAAAAACUGUAUGUUCUUCUGUACUGCAUCGAUACUCUUUUUAUCAUUUAUUCUUAUGAAGGUUCUACCAAUUUUUAUAUAUUUGCACCUAUUUCACAGGUGUCUGGGGAAAUGAGAUGUUUUUCUUCAAAUAGAACUGCUCGGAAUCUGCUUCAGGCGCCUUUACUCAGCCAACUGGUUUUAAACCCACUAGCUGCUAUUUUUUGCUAAAAUAUUUCUGACUAAGAGUAUCACAUACAUCUUGCUUUGGUUUUGUUUUUAUUUUUUUGAUGCAGUUUUUUUGAGUUUGAGAAUUUAAUAUGUUGGCAUUUUGGUGGGGGGGGUCUUAGAUUCAUUUAAUUGACUUAUAAUAGAUUUGUGUAAUUUGGAACAUUUCCAUUUCUUGUAUAUUUCCUUAAUUGAGGACAGGGCUUAUGUAUUUUUUAAGAAAACAGUGAGUACUUGAACAUUUAAAGGGACAAUGCAAUUGAUAGUCAUGAUCACAGUGACUACUAUGUUUAGUGUUUGUAGACUUGGACAAGCAGAGAGCCAGGAUAUUAAUGCCCAGUUGAGCACUUUGAGGCGGAUGUUAAAUGAGAUGAUUUUUAUUUAAAACUCAGAAAAAGAAAAGUUGAGACGCUUUCAACUUUGCUUACAGAACAGGAAAGAUUCUGGGCCCCAGAUGCUGGUGAUUAAUUUUUGCAUAUUUAAUCUUAAUGUAACCACUCAAGAUAUACAGAUAGAACAGGUUUUCUAUGUUGAAAAGGUAUGUAGUAACUGAUUAUCUUAGAGGAAGGAACAGGCCCAGGCAGAUUAAAUGUUUUGUGUAAACACAAUUAAAUUUAUAUAUUUUUUAAAUG